AUGGAAAUCAACCAAACAUCACUGCAGGAGAAGGUUACAAAUGCAUUCAGGGAACGAAGUAUUCCUGUUAAACGUGAUGAGAUUGCUGCGGCUCUAACAGAUGCCGAGUCUUGCAAAUGGAUAGAAAGUCAUCUUGGCCCAGAUAACCUGUUGUCGAAGGAGGAAUCUACCUUGUAUGCGAAAUUAGAAGCGACUGGGUCCCUCAAGGGUAUCCUACAAGGUCAAGAAAUUUCCUCGACAAGACCGUUCCUCGACGAUGAAAUUCGUGACGCGAUUGGAUCUCUCAGGGCGUCCACAGCAGCCAUUGAGAACCAAACAGAGACAUUGAAACUGCAGUGCAAGGAACUUAAAUCCCAGAUUCGAAAUGCAAAUCAGUCACGCCAACGGGAAUCAAGAGCAUGGGGACAAUUGAAUAAGAAACAUGCGCUGGAGAGGCAGCAAACCGAUGUUACUGUUGAAGAUCUCACCCACGAAUUUGAGACGUCUCUCGGCGCUGUGCAAGCUUUGUUGUCCACUGAGUCUAGUACCUUACUCCCCAUGUUAGCAGGCAAACUGAAGGAUGACGACCGAUCCAUGCUAGGGUUGGAAAGGAUUGCAUCCACCGUUCAAAUAGAUGGAGAUGACAAGGAACUUAGUACGCGAGCUACCCAACUCACUGCAAAACUUGCUGGAUAUCUUGCAGAGGAAGUUCGCUCCCGGUUGGAUCGACUCUACCUUGAAGCUGUCCAUAACGGCGCUUCCGGGGCGGAUCAGGAUGAAGACAAGAACACCCCGUUGGCAACUCUUCAAGAGGAGAUCAACUCGUUAUACUCUGAGAUUGAGAUUCUCGCAGAGAUGACCACUCAGCAACAAUUCAAGGUUCCGAUACUUCGGGCUCUUCAGAGUCGCAGCACGGAAACUCGGUCGACUUCUCAACAGCAAUUGGAACAGAUUUUGGAUACAAUAAUUCAGUUAACCCAAUCUGCGGAAAGAAUAACUGAAAGACUGAUUAAACGACAAUCCCAUCGGAUAGCUAUAAAUUAUCUGUCUACCAAAUACACAUACGAACAAAAUAAGAAACAAUCGGAGCAGCAGACAAGUAAAAGCACCACAGCACAAAAACAAAUAUCCCGACUAUCAUAUGCACCUUCGACACCCGGAAAUACGGAGCGAAAGAGCUCCAUCUCCCUCCCUCUUGACCAUGGCUCGAAAGCCCUAGAACAGCUUCUGCGUCGACUCGGGAUUUCCAUUGUUGAUCUUGUGGAAAGUGGAUUAGCUGAAGACGCAUCAGCAUCACUUGAUGAGAAAAAGCAGCACAUGCUGGAGAUGCUUCAGAAUCUACAAUCUACCGCGGAGUCGCCGCUCUCUGUGCAUUUGGGGCCAGCUGAACAAGCCGCACAGCUACUGCAUUCGGCUCUCUAUGCAGAUUCAAAAUUCGAGGUUUCUAUGGCUGAUGAUGCGCCGGAGCAGAGAAUCAGUUCUUUGGAGUGCCAGAUUGAAACCCUCCGCAAGGGAAUUGAUGGUCUUAAUGUUGAUAUCUUGCAUGGAGAAGACAAGGCGCAGAAGAAGUUUAUGGAGAGGUGGGGAUGA